AUAAAUCAAGGUGAGGAGGAUGGAGGCGAGCGGGGUGCUGAGCAUCGCCCUGGCGCUGGGUGUUGGGGGGCUGCUGCUUCUUUGGGGCCGGCAGCGGGGGGGCAACCUCCCCCCCGGACCGACCCCCCUACCCUUCCUGGGGAACGUGCUGCAAGUGGAGGUGACCCAGCUCAUCGCUUCCCUCCGCAAGCUCAGCGAGACCUACGGUGAGAUUUUCACCUUCCACCUGGGCUCCCGGCCCUGCGUCGUCCUCUCCGGGUACCGGCUGUUGAAGGAAGCUCUGAUCGACCAUGCCGAGGAGUUCAGCGGCCGCGGUGAUUUCCCAGCCGUCCAACAGUGGAGCCGCGGCAACGGUAUCGUCUACGGGACCGGGGAACGCUGGCGGCAGUUGCGGCGCUUCGCCAUCGUCACCUUGAAGAGUUUCGGAAUGGGCAAGCGCGGUGCCGAGGAGCGAGUUUGCGAGGAAGCACAGCAUCUGAUCCAACAUCUCUAUCAGACCCAUGGGCAGCCCUUCGACCCCACUUUCCUGCUCAGCUGCGCCAGCUCCAACAUCAUCUGCCAGAUGGUUUUCGGGGAACGCUUUGAGUACGGGGACGAGCGGUUCCUCGCCCUCAUGGCACUCAUCAAUGACAGCUGGAAGCUGAUGAGCUCGACUUGGGGGCAGCUGCUCUUCAUCUUCCCCAACAUCAUGCGGUUCAUGCCGGGGCCGCACCGGCGGAUCUACGCCAACUACCUGCGGCUGGCCGAAUUCAUGGGGGAGCGGGUGCGGAGGAACCGGCAGACGUUGGACCCCCAAAAUCCCCGGGAUUUCAUUGACUGCUUCCUCCUGAAGAUGCAGCAGGAGAAGGGGAACCCCGACACCCACUUCACCGAGGACACGCUCUCCAAGACUGCCGUCAACCUUUUCUUUGCGGGGACCGAGACCAUCAGCUCCACCCUCAAAUAUGGGCUCCGGAUCCUGCUCCGGCACCCCGAGGUGGAAGCCCGGCUCCACGAGGAGAUCGACCGGGUGAUUGGCCGCCACCGCAGCCCCUGCAUGGAGGACCGGAGCCGCAUGCCCUACGUCGACGCCGUGAUCCACGAGAUCCAGCGUUUUGCUGACAUCGUGCCCAUGGGGGUGCCCCACGCCACCACGCGGGACGUCCAGCUCCGGGGCUACACCAUCCCCAAGGGCAUGAAUGUCAUCCCGCUGCUCUGCACAUCCCAGUUUGACCCCAGCCAGUUUGCCAACGCCCAGACCUUCGACCCCAGGCACUUUUUGGACGAGAACGGACGCUUCAAACGUAACGACGCCUUCAUGGCCUUCUCCGCAGGGAAGCGUGUAUGCUUGGGCGAAGGCCUGGCCGUGAUGGAGCUCUUCAUCUUCCUCACCAGUAUCCUCCAGCAUUUCCAGCUGAAGGCGGAGGAGGACCAGGCCACCAUCGACAUCACCCCCGAAUCCAGCGGGUUGGGGAACAUCCCCCGACCCUAUCGCCUCUCCCUCAUCCCCCGUUGAAACCCCCCCGCCAAGUAAAGCCACCUUGCUUUCCCCCA